ACACGUGUCUCUGGUUCCUCCUAGGCCCUCUGUUAGUCUGGUCGAAGUGGAUUAGAGCGACCGCGAAAACCGGAAGGUGUUUCCCUUGGCCGGCUGGGGCGAAGCGUGGGUGCUGGAUUAGUGAUUCGGACAGCAGACCGGACUGAGCAUGGACUGGCUGUGAUUCCAGGAUCAGAAAGUGGAAAAGAAUAAAAAAUGAAAGUGGACCGAACGAAACUGAAGAAAACCCCCACUGAGGCUCCUGCCGACUGCAGGGCCUUGAUUGACAAGCUCAAAGUCUGCAACGAUGAGCAGCUGCUGCUGGAACUGCAACAGAUCAAGACAUGGAACAUCGGGAAGUGCGAGCUGUACCACUGGGUGGAUCUCCUCGACCGCUUUGACGGCAUCCUGGCCGACGCCGGGCAGACGGUGGAGAACAUGCUGUGGAUGCUGGUGUGCGACCGGCCGGAGAGGGAGCAGCUCAAGGCCCUGCUGCUGGCUGUACUCAACUUCACCGCCCUGCUCAUAGAGUACAGCUUCUCCCGGCAUCUCUACAGCUCCAUCGAGCACCUGACCACGCUGCUGGCCUCCUCGGACAUGCAGGUGGUGCUGGCCGUGCUGAACCUGCUCUACGUCUUCAGCAAACGCUCCAACUACAUCACGCGCCUGGGCUCCGACAAGCGGGCGCCCCUGCUGUCCCGGCUGCAGCACCUGGCUGAGAGCUGGGGCGGCAAGGAAAACGGCUUUGGACUGGCUGGGUGUUGUAGAGACUUACUCAUGGUGAAAUACCCACCCAGUGCCACCACGCUGCACUUUGAGUUCUAUGCAGAUCUGGGCACCGAGGUCAAAGUGGAUAAAAGGACGACCAGCAACACACUGCAUUACAUCCACAUAGAACAGCUGGACAAGAUUUCAGAAAGCCCCUCCGAGAUCAUGGAAUCCCUCACCAAGAUGUACAGCAUCCCCAAGGACAAGCAGAUGCUGCUGUUCACACACAUCCGCCUGGCGCACGGCUUCUCCAACCACAGAAAGCGGCUGCAGGCUGUCCAGGCCCGGCUGCAUGCCAUCUCCAUCCUAGUGUACUCCAACGCCCUGCAGGAGUCGGCCAGCAGCAUCCUGUACAACGGCCUGAUAGAGGAGCUGGUGGACGUGCUGCAGAUAACGGACAAACAGCUCAUGGACAUCAAGGCGGCCUCCUUGAGAACCCUCACCUCCAUUGUCCACUUGGAGAGGACCCCGAAACUCAGCAGCAUCAUCGACUGCACGGGAACCGCCUCCUACCACGGCUUCCUGCCGGUCCUGGUGCGCAACUGUAUCCAGGCUAUGAUCGACCCGACCAUGGAGCCGUACCCUCAUCAGUUCGCCACGGCCCUCUUCUCUUUCCUCUACCACCUGGCCAGCUACGACGCCGGCGGGGAAGCGCUGGUCUCCUGCGGCAUGAUGGAGGCCUUACUGAAGGUGAUCAAGUUCCUGGGGGACGAACAGGACCAGAUCACAUUCGUGACCCGAGCGGUCCGCGUGGUGGAUCUCAUUACCAACCUGGACAUGGCGGCCUUCCAGUCCCACAGCGGCCUCUCCAUCUUCAUCUACCGGCUAGAGCACGAGGUGGACUUGUGCCGCCGGGAGUGCCCCUUCGUCAUAAAGCCAAAGAUCCAGAGACCACCCACCGCCCCUCUCCAGGAAGGGGAGGAGAUGGAGACGGACAUGGAAGUGUCGGACGUGGCCAUGGAGAGCAGCCCGGGCCCCUCCACCUCGGCAGAGCCCCGGCCGGAAGCGGCAGCGGUGGUGGUGGCAGAAGCGAGGAUGCCGAGUGCCGUUGCCCCCAGCUGCAGCAUCAGCGGCGCGACCAGUGCCGUCGUCGCCCCCCGCAGCGGCGUGCAGUGUAUCCCGCAGCGAGCCGCCCUCCUCAAAUCCAUGCUCAACUUCCUCAAGAAGGCCAUCCAGGACCCCGCCUUCUCGGACGGCAUUCGCCACGGUGAGGGGGCGCCGGUGGCGGGCGAGGGAUGGGCUGCAGCAGUGAUGGAUGGCUCCUUGCCUACCUCUCUGAAGCAUGUCAUCAGCAACGCGGAGUACUACGGCCCAUCUCUCUUCCUGCUCGCCACCGAGGUGGUGACGGUCUUCGUGUUCCAGGAGCCCUCGCUGCUCUCCUCGCUGCAGGACAACGGGCUAACGGAUGUCAUGCUGCACGCCCUCCUCAUCAAAGACGUCCCGGCCACGCGGGAAGUCCUGGGCUCCCUCCCCAACGUGUUCAGCGCCCUGUGUCUGAACGCCCGCGGCCUCCAGUCCUUCGUGCAGUGCCAGCCCUUCGAGCGGCUCUUCAAGGUGCUGCUGUCCCCGGAUUACCUGCCCGCCAUGCGGCGCCGGCGCAGCUCCGACCCGCUGGGGGACACUGCCUCGAACCUGGGCAGCGCCGUGGAUGAGCUCAUGAGGCACCAGCCCACGCUGAAGACGGAUGCCACCACCGCCAUCAUCAAGCUGCUGGAGGAGAUCUGCAACCUGGGCCGGGACCCCAAGUACAUCUGCCAGAAGCCCUCCAUCCAGAAGGCCGACGGCACGGCCACGGCCCCGCCGCCCCGCUCCACCCACGCGGCCGAGGAGGCCUCCAGCGAAGACGAGGAGGAGGAGGAGGUGCAGGCCAUGCAGAGCUUCAAUGCCACCCAGCAGAGCGAGGCAGAGCCCAGCCAGCAGGUGGUUGGGACAGAGGAGCGAAUCCCCAUCCCCCUCAUGGACUAUAUUCUCAAUGUGAUGAAGUUCGUGGAGUCCAUUCUCAGCAACAACACCACGGACGACCACUGUCAGGAGUUUGUCAGCCAGAAGGGGCUGCUGCCCCUGGUCACCAUCCUGGGCCUGCCCAACCUGCCCAUCGACUUCCCCACCUCGGCCGCCUGCCAGGCUGUGGCCGGCGUCUGCAAAUCCAUCUUGACGCUCUCCCACGAGCCCAAGGUUCUCCAGGAAGGGCUGCUGCAGCUCGACUCGAUCCUCUCUUCCCUGGAGCCCCUGCACCGGCCCAUUGAGGCGCCAGGCGGCUCGGUGCUGCUGCGGGAGCUGGCCUGCGCGGGCAACGUAGCCGACGCCACCCUGUCGGCACAGGCCACGCCGCUGCUCCACGCGCUGACGGCCGCCCACGCCUACAUCAUGAUGUUCGUCCACACCUGCCGGGUGGGCCAGAGCGAGAUCCGGGCCAUCUCGGUGAACCAGUGGGGAUCCCACCUGGGCCUGAGCGUUCUCAGCAAGCUGAGCCAGCUGUACUGUUCCCUGGUGUGGGAGAGCACCGUGCUGCUGUCCCUCUGCACCCCCAACAGCUUGCCGACAGGCUGUGAGUUUGGCCAGGCCGACAUGCAGAAGCUGGUGCCCAAGGAGGAGAAGGCGGCACCCAACGCCCCCCAGGGAGCCAAGAAAGCAGAAGGUGAAGCGGAGGCAGUUGCGGGAGGGAGCGUGGAGCCCUCGGCCCAGGGCCUGCUGGAGGGGAUCGGCCUGGACGGAGACGCGCUGGCCCCCAUGGAGACGGACGAGCCCAGCACUGCCGACGCCAAGGGCAAAGCCAAGAUCACACCGGCCAUGGCGGCCAGGAUCAAGCAGAUCAAACCCCUCCUGUCGGCCUCGUCCCGGCUGGGCCGCGCUCUGGCUGAGCUGUUUGGGCUGCUGGUGAAGCUGUGUGUGGGCUCCCCGGUGCGCCAGAGACGGAGCCACCACGCUGCCAGCACCACCACCGCCCCCACGCCGGCCGCCCGCUCCACUGCCUCGGCCCUCACCAAGCUGCUGACCAAGGGGCUCUCCUGGCAGCCCCCGCCCUACACCCCCACGCCCCGCUUCCGGCUGACGUUCUUCAUCUGCUCCGUGGGGUUCACGUCGCCCAUGCUGUUCGACGAGCGCAAGUACCCCUAUCACCUCAUGCUGCAAAAAUUCCUCUGCUCUGGCGGCCACAACGCCCUCUUCGAGACCUUCAACUGGGCCCUCUCCAUGGGGGGCAAGGUCCCCGUGGCUGAAGGGCUGGAGCACCCGGACCUGCCGGACGGGACGGGGGAGUUCCUGGACGCCUGGCUCAUGCUGGUGGAGAAGAUGGUGAACCCCAGCACGGUGCUGGAGUCACCCCAUGCUCUGCCCGCCAAGCUGCCGGGCGGGCAGAACUACCCACAGUUCAGCGCCCUGCGCUUCCUGGUGGUGACCCAGAAGGCGGCCUUCACCUGCAUCAAGAACCUGUGGAACCGCAAGCCCCUGAAAGUGUACGGGGGGCGCAUGGCAGAGUCCAUGCUAGCCAUCCUGUGCCACAUCCUGCGGGGCGAGCCCCUCAUCCGCGAGCGCCUGGGAAAGGAGAAGGAGGGGGCGCGUGGUGAGGAGGAGGCAGGGCAGGAGGAGGGUGGAGCCCGGCGUGAGCCCCAGGUCAACCAGCAGCAGCUGCAGCAGCUGAUGGACAUGGGUUUCACGCGGGAACAUGCCAUGGAGGCCCUGCUGAACACCAGCACCAUGGAGCAGGCCACCGAGUACCUCCUGACCCACCCGCCGCCGCUCGUGGGUGGGGUCGUACGGGACCUGAGCAUGUCGGAGGAGGACCAGAUGAUGCGAGCCAUCGCCAUGUCGCUGGGCCAGGAUAUCCCCAUGGAGCAGCGGGCCGAGUCCCCGGAGGAGGCAGCCUGCCGGAAGGAGGAAGAGGAGCGCAAGGCGCGGGAGAAGCAGGAGGAGGAGGAGGCCAAGUGCCUGGAGAAGUUCGAGGAUGCGCAGCCGCUGGACCCGGCCGAGCUGCACGGCUUCACGGACGCCAUGCUGCCCGGCUGCUCCCAGCUGCUGGACGAGCUGCCGGACACCGUGUACCGCGUCUGCGACCUCAUCAUGACGGCCGUCAAGCGCAACGGUGCCCCCUACCGCGACACCAUUCUCAAGCAAGUGGUCAAGCAGGUGUGGGAAGCAGCCGACGUGCUCAUCAAGGCGGCCCUGCCCCUCACCACCAGCGACACGAAGACUGUCUCGGAGUGGAUCAGCCAGAUGGCAACGUUGCCCCAGGCUGCCAACCUGGCCACCCGCAUCCUGCUGCUCACCCUGCUAUUCGAGGAGCUGAAGCUGCCGUGUGCCCGCGUGGUGGAGUCGAGCGGUGUCCUUAAUGUACUGAUCAAGCUGCUGGAGGUGGUGCAGCCCUGCCUCCAGGCCGCCAAGGAGCAGAAGGAGGUGCAGACCCCCAAGUGGAUCACCCCAGUGUUGCUGCUCAUUGACUUUUACGAGAAGACGGCCAUCUCGUCCAAGAGGAGAGCCCAGAUGAACAAGUAUCUCCAGGCCAAUGGGAACAACUGGCGCUGGUUUGACGACCGCUCGGGCCGCUGGUGCAGCUACAGCGCCAGCAACAACAGCACCAUCGACGCGGCCUGGAAGGCCGGCGAGACCAGCGUGCGCUUCACCGCCGGCCGCCGGCGCUACACCGUGCAGUUCACCACCAUGGUGCAGGUGAACGAGGAGACCGGUAACCGGCGCCCCGUGAUGCUGACGCUCCUGCGGGUGCCCCGGCUUGGGAAGGGAGCCAAGGAGAGCAACGGGCAGGAGCUGGAGAAGACCCUGGAGGAGGCCAAAGAAACGGAGGGCAAAGCCAAGGAGGAGAAGGCAAAUGAGGCCCCAGCGCCCGCGGAGCCCCUGCCCCCCGAGAAGGAGGCGGCCCCUGAGGAGCCGAAGGCGGCAGAGAUCCUGCUGGAGGGGCUGACGGAGGAGAUGGUGACGGUGCUGAUCCGGGCCUGUGUGAGCAUGCUGGGGGUGCCGGUGGACCCCGACACGCUGCACGCCACCCUGCGCCUCUGCCUGCGGCUGACGCGCCACCACAAAUACGCCCUGAUGUUCGCCGAGCUGCGCAGCACCCGCAUGAUCCUUGGCCUCACCCAGAGCUCCGGCUUCAACGGCUUCACGCCCCUGGUCACCCUGCUCUUCCGGCACAUCAUCGAGGAGCCCUGCACCCUGCGCCACACCAUGGAGAAGGUGGUGCGCUCGGCGGCCACCAGCGGUGCGGGCAGCACCACUUCCGGGGUGGUGUCGGGCAGCCUGGGCUCUCGCGAGAUCAACUACAUCCUGCGUGUGCUGGGCCCAGCCGCCUGCCGCAACCCCGAGAUCUUCACCGAGGUGGCCAACGGCUGCAUCCGCAUCGCCCUGCCCGCCCCCCGCGGCUCAGGCACCGGAGCAUCGGACGACGAGUUUGAGAACCUGCGGAUCAAAGGCCCCAAUGCAGUGCAGCUGGUGAAGACGACGCCGGUGAAGCCAUCAGCCCUGCCCGUCAUCCCCGACCCCAUCAAGGAGGUGAUCUACGACAUGCUGAACGCGCUGGCCGCCUACCACGCCCCUGACGAAGCUGAGAAGAGCGAGACCAAGCUGGGCACGGCCAGCCAGGAGGUGAGCCAGCUGCUGUCGGACGUGGGUGACGACGUGUACCAGCAGUACCGCUCCCUCACCCGCCAGGGCAGCGACUUCGACUCACAGAGCGGCUUCGCCAUCACCGCCCAGGUGUUCAGCGCAGACGGGGCAGCCGCUGAGACACCACCGUCUGGGACCCCCCAAGGAGAAGCCUCUACCCCCGAGGAGUCGCGGGAGGGCCGGAAGGACAAGGAGGGAGACAAGGCGACAGAGGAGGGCAAGCAGAAGGCCAAGGGCAGCAAGCCGCUCAUGCCCACCUCCACCAUCCUGCGCCUGCUGGCUGAGCUGGUGCGCUCCUACGUGGGCAUCGCCGCCCUCAUCGCCAACUACAGCUAUACCGUGGGCCAGUCCGAGCUCAUCAAGGAGCAGGACUGCAGUGUGUUGGCCUUUGUCCUGGACCACCUGCUGCCCCACACCCAGAACGUGGAGGACAAGGACACCCCCGCACUGGCCCGCCUCUUCCUUGCCAGCCUGGCUGCGGCAGGCAGUGGCACGGAUGCCCAGGUGGCGCUGGUGAACGAGGUGAAGGCUGCGUUGGGCCGGGCACUGGCCAUGGCAGAGAGCACGGAGAAACAUGCCAGGCUGCAGGCCGUGAUGUGCAUCAUCAGCACCAUCAUGGAGUCCUGCCCCUCCACCUCCAGCUUCUACAGCAGCGCAGCCGCCAAGACCCAGCACAACGGCAUGAACAACAUCAUCCGCCUCUUCCUCAAGAAGGGGCUGGUCAGCGACCUGGCCCGGGUGCCCCACAGCCUCGACCUCUCCAGCCCCAACAUGGCCAACACCGUGAACGCGGCGCUGAAGCCCCUGGAGACGCUGUCGCGCAUCGUCAACCAGCCCAGCAGCCUCUUCGGCAGCAAGAGCACGGCCAGCAAGAGCAAGGCGGAGGGCGAGGCUCAGGGCGCUGCCCGGGACGCCAACAGCAACCAGCAGGACGUGGGGGAGCCGGGCGAGGCGGGUGCCCACGAGGAGGACCAGGACGCAGGCCAGGCAGAGGUGGCCGACGGCGACAUCAUGGACGGGGAGGCGGAGGGCGACGCGGUGGUGAUCGCUGGGCAGCCCGAGGUGCUCAGCACCCAGGAGAUGCAGGUGGAGAAUGAGCUGGAGGACCUGAUAGAUGAGCUGCUGGAGCGGGACGGCGGCCCUGGGAACAGUACCAUCAUCGUGAGCCGCAGCGGGGAGGAAGACGCCCCGGAGGACGUGCUGAUGGACGAGGCCCCCUCCAACCUGAGCCAGGGCUCCACCCUCCAGGCCAACCGGGAAGACUCGAUGAACAUCCUGGACCCCGAAGACGAGGAGGAGCACACGCAGGAGGAAGACAGCAGCGGCAGUAAUGAGGACGAGGAUGACAGUCAGGACGAGGAGGAGGAGGAAGAGGAGGAAGAUGAAGACGAUCAGGACGACGAGGAAGGCGAGGAGGGGGAGGAGGAGGAGGAAGACGACGAUGGCUCGGAGAUGGAGCUGGACGAGGAUUACCCCGACAUGAACGCCUCGCCCCUCGUGCGCUUCGAGCGCUUCGACCGCGAGGAUGACCUCAUCAUCGAGUUCGACAACAUGUUCUCCAGCGCCACGGAUAUCCCCCCCUCCCCAGGAAACAUCCCGGCCACCCACCCGCUCAUGGUGCGGCACGCGGACCACGGCUCCCUGACCCUCGGCAGCGGCUCCUCCACCACCCGCCUAGCCCAGGGCAUCGGGCGGAGCCAGCGGACGCUGCGCCAGCUGACAGCCAACACCGGCCACACGAUCCACGUGCACUACCCCGGCACGCGGCAGCCCAACCCCCCCCUCAUCCUGCAGAGGUUGCUGGGUCCCUCGGCUGCUGCCGACAUCCUCCAGCUGAGCAGCAGCCUCCCGCUGCAGAGCCGGGGCCGCGCCCGCCUCCUGGUGGGGAACGACGACGUCCACAUCAUUGCCCGCUCCGACGACGAGCUGCUGGACGACUUCUUCCACGACCAGAGCACGGCCACCAGCCAAGCAGGGACCCUCUCUAGCAUCCCCACCGCCCUGACACGCUGGACCGAGGAGUGCAAGGUGCUGGACGCGGAGAGCAUGCACGACUGCGUCUCAGUGGUGAAGGUUCCUAUCGUUAACCACCUGGAGGCGCUGCGGGAUGAGGAGCUGGAGGAGCGCCGGGAGAAGCGCCGUAAGCAGCUGGCCGAGGAGGAGGCCAAAGCCACGGACAAAGCCAAGGAGGAGAAGGAUGGGAAGGAGCAGAACGCCCAGGGGGCGGUGCCCACACCUAACACCGCCACCGAGCAGUCUCUCUCAGAUGUGGCCAGCCGGACUGAUGGCUUUCCUGCCGCCCCGCCCACCGCCGAGGGCCCCUCCACUGGCCCCAAGCAGACGCUGGUCACCCUGGAGACCCCGCAGCCGGCAACAGCAGGUGGGGAGCUGCCUCCGGAGCUCACCGGGCAGCCCAGCACCGACGCCUCGCGCCAGCUGCUGGUGCCGGCUGAGCAGGAGGACUCGGGGCCGGGAAGGCCCAGUGCCGACGCGGAGGCCACCCAGAUGGAGCUGUCACCCGCCCCCACCAUCACCUCGCUGUCCCCAGAGAGGGCAGAGGACUCGGAUGCCCUGACAGCUGUUAGCAGCCAGCUGGAGGGCUCGCCCAUGGACACCAGCAGCCUGGCCUCCUGCAGCCUGGAGGAGGGGGUCGGGGAGGGCGCCGUGCCCAGCGGGGCAGAGCAGCCGCCUGCCCACGGUGCCCACGGGGCGGAGCCAGCUCAGCAGCGCCCUGAGGGCCAGGCCGGCAGCGACAGCCUGGCCGACGCCAGCCAGCAAGGGGAGGACAGUUCACCCCCUGCUUCGUCCUCCGAGAGCUCCUCUACCAGGGACUCGGCCGUGGCCAUCUCCGGAGCCGACUCCCGGGGCAUCCUGGAGGAGCCGCUGCCCUCCACCAGCAGCGAAGAGGAGGACCCGCUAGCAGGGAUAAAUCUCCCUGAGGGCGUGGACCCCUCCUUCCUGGCAGCCCUGCCAGACGACAUCCGCCGUGAAGUGCUGCAGAACCAGCUGGGCAUCCGUCCGCCGGCCCGGCCUCCCCCCACCGCUACCACCCCCACCCCGCCCGUGGUGAGCAACCCCGGGGUGACAGAGGUCAGCCCCGAGUUCCUGGCUGCCCUGCCCCCUGCCAUCCAGGAGGAGGUGCUGGCGCAGCAGCGGGUGGAGCAGCAGCGGCGGGAGCUGGCGCAGGGCAUCAGCUCGGACACGCCCAUGGACCCGGUGACCUUUAUCCAGACGCUGCCCUCGGACCUGCGGCGCUCGGUGCUGGAGGACAUGGAGGACAGUGUCCUGGCCGUCAUGCCGCCCGACAUCGCCGCCGAGGCCCAGGCCCUGCGCCGCGAGCAGGAGGCCCGGCAGCGCCAGCUCAUGCACGAGCGGCUCUUCGGGCACUCCAGCACCUCGGCCCUGUCGGCCAUCCUCCGCAGCCCAGCUUUCACCAGCCGGCUGAGCGGGAACCGCGGGGUCCAGUACACACGCCUGGCUGUGCAGAGGGGGGGCACCUUCCACAUGGGUGGCAGCAGCAGCCACAGCAGGCCGUCGGGCAGCAUGGUGGACAGCCUCCUGCGGCUGCGGGGCCGGCUGCUGCUGGACCACGAGGCGCUCUCCUGCCUGCUGGUGCUGCUCUUCGUGGACGAGCCCAAGCUGAACACCAGCCGGCUGCACCGGGUGCUGCGCAAUCUCUGCUACCACGGCCAGACGCGGGGCUGGGUGAUCCGCAGCCUGCUGUCCAUCCUGCAGCGCAGCAGCGAGAGCGAGCCCUGCCUGGAGACGCCCAAGGGGCCGCCGGACGAGCGGGGCAAGCGGGCCGCCAAGGCCGGCGCCCCCGAGGGCCGCCCCCUGGAGCUGCUGCACAAGAUGGAGGCCCGCAGCUCGGGCCAGCUCUCCUGGCUCUCCGUCUCCAUGGACGCCGCCCUGGGCUGCCGCACCAACAUCUUCCAGAUCCAGCGGGCCGGCGGGCGCAAACACACGGAGAAGCAUGCCGCCGGCACCGCCGCCGGCGCCGCCGUCCACAUCCACCCGCAGGCCGCCCCCGUGGUGUGCCGCCACGUGCUGGACACCCUCAUCCAGUUGGCCAAGGUGUUCCCCAGCCACUUCACGCAGCAGCGGCCCAAGGAGGCGCCCUGCGAGGGGGAGCGGGGCGCCAGGCAGUCGGGCAGCCCGGGCCAGGCCAGCGGCAUCUCCACCGACUUCUGGGACUUGCUGGUCAAACUGGACAACAUGAACGUGAGCCGCAAGGGCAAGAACUCGGUCAAGUCGGUGCCGGUGAGCGCGGGCGCCGAGGGCGAGAGCUCCCCCUACAGCCUGGAGGCCUCGCCGCUGGGCCAGCUCAUGAACAUGCUCUCGCACCCCGUCAUCCGGCGCAGCUCGCUGCUGACCGAGAAGCUGCUUCGCCUGCUCUCGCUCAUCUCCAUCGCCCUGCCCGAAAACAAGGCGCCCGAGGGGCCGGGCGCCGCCCCCGCCCCGACUGCGCCCUCCGCCGCGGCCGCCGCCCCUGCCCCCACCGUGCCAGCUCCCGCCAAGGGUAGCAAGUCUCCGGCCAAGGCGGGCGAAGCGGGUGGCGGCGGGACGGACCCCAAGGUGGUGGCAUCAGGCCUGACGGAAAACCAGCUGCAGCUCUCGGUAGAGGUGCUGACGUCUCACUCCUGCUCGGAGGAGGGGCUGGAGGACGCAGCCAAUGUCCUGCUCCAGCUGUCGCGGGGCGACUCGCCCACCCGGGACACGGUGCUGCGGCUCCUGCUCAGCGGUGCCCGGCAGCUGGGCUACACCCUCUGCAAGCAGAUCGGCACCCUGCUGGCGGAGCUGCGUGAGUACAACCUGGAGCAGCAGCGGCGGGCGCAGUGCGAGCUGCUCUCCCCCGACGGGCUCCCCGAUGAGCAGCCCCAGACCACCAAGCUGAAAGGCAAGAUGCAGAGCCGGUUCGACAUGGCAGAGAACGUGGUGAUCGUGGCCUCCCAGAAGCGGCCCCUGGGCGGGCGGGAGCUGCAGCUGCCCUCCAUGUCCAUGCUGACCUCCAAGACCUCCACCCAGAAGUUCUUCCUGCGCGUGCUGCAGGUCAUCAUCCAGCUGCGGGACGACACGCGCCGCGCCAACAAGAAGGCCAAGCAGACGGGCCGGCUAGGUAGCUCCGGUCUGGGCUCAGCUAACAGCAUCCAGGCCGCUGUCCGGCAGCUGGAGGCUGAGGCUGACGCCAUUAUACAAAUGGUACGUGAGGGGCAGCGGGCGCGGCGGCAGCAGCAAGCAGCAACGUCUGAGUCGAGCCAGUCGGAAGGGGCUGUUCGGAGGGACGAGUCACCUAUGGACGUCGAUCAGCCCUCGCCGGUCACACAGGACGCCCAGUUGGUUGGUUCGGAAGGAUCCCAGCCCGGGGAGAAGGACGAGCGCCCCCCGGAUCUGCCCCUCCUUAGCGAGCAGCUGAACCUGGACGAGCUCUGGGCCAUGCUGGGCGAGUGCUUGAAGGAGCUGGAGGAGUCCCACGACCAGCAUGCUGUGUUAGUGCUGCAGCCGGCGGUGGAAGCCUUCUUCCUGGUGCACGCCACGGAGCGGGAGAGCAAGCCCCCAGUGCGGGACACCCGCGAGAGCCAGCUGGCCCACAUCAAGGAUGAGCCCCCGCCCCUGUCGCCCGCCCCCCUCACGCCCGCCACCCCCUCCUCGCUGGAUCCCUUCUUCUCCCGCGAGCCCUCCUCCAUGCACAUCUCCUCCAGCCUGCCCCCUGACACCCAGAAGUUCCUGCGCUUCGCAGAGACCCACCGCACAGUGCUGAAUCAGAUCCUGCGCCAGUCCACCACCCACCUGGCCGAUGGGCCCUUCGCCGUCCUGGUCGACUACAUCCGCGUGUUGGACUUCGACGUCAAGCGCAAGUACUUCCGCCAGGAGCUGGAGCGGCUGGACGAGGGGCUGCGCAAGGAGGACAUGGCCGUCCACGUGCGCCGUGACCACGUCUUCGAGGACUCGUACCGCGAGCUGCACCGCAAGUCGCCCGAGGAGAUGAAGAACCGAUUGUACAUCGUGUUCGAGGGCGAGGAGGGGCAGGACGCGGGCGGGCUGCUCCGGGAGUGGUACAUGAUCAUCUCGCGGGAGAUGUUCAACCCCAUGUACGCCCUGUUCCGCACCUCGCCCGGCGACCGCGUCACCUACACCAUCAACCCCUCGUCCCACUGCAACCCCAACCACCUGAGCUACUUCAAGUUCGUGGGGCGCAUCGUGGCCAAGGCCGUGUACGACAACCGCCUGCUGGAGUGUUACUUCACCCGCUCCUUCUACAAGCACAUCCUGGGCAAGUCCGUCAGGUACACGGAUAUGGAGAGCGAGGAUUACCACUUCUACCAGGGCCUGGUUUACCUGCUAGAGAACGAUGUGUCCACGCUAGGCUACGACCUGACCUUCAGCACCGAGGUACAGGAGUUCGGGGUAUGUGAGGUGCGGGACCUCAAGCCCAACGGGGCCAAUAUCCUGGUGACGGAGGAGAACAAGAAGGAAUACGUGCACCUGGUCUGCCAGAUGAGGAUGACAGGAGCCAUCCGCAAGCAGCUGGCUGCCUUCCUGGAGGGUUUCUACGAGAUCAUCCCCAAGCGCCUCAUCUCCAUCUUCACGGAGCAGGAGCUGGAGCUUCUCAUCUCGGGGCUGCCCACCAUCGACAUUGACGACCUCAAAUCCAACACCGAGUACCACAAGUACCAGUCCAACUCCAUCCAGAUCCAGUGGUUCUGGCGAGCCCUGCGCUCCUUUGACCAGGCAGACCGAGCCAAGUUCCUGCAGUUCGUGACGGGCACCUCCAAGGUUCCUCUGCAGGGCUUCGCCGCCCUGGAGGGUAUGAACGGCAUCCAGAAAUUCCAGAUCCACCGAGACGACCGCUCCACCGACAGAUUGCCUUCCGCUCACACAUGUUUCAAUCAGCUGGACCUUCCCGCCUACGAGAGCUACGAGAAGCUACGUCACAUGCUGCUACUGGCCAUCCAGGAGUGCUCGGAAGGCUUCGGCCUGGCGUGAGCCGGGCUUCCCGCCUCCACGGCUCUUUUUGUACUGAGGCGGACUCGGGGGAAAGGGAGGGGCGUGGGGGAGGGGCCAAGCCAUGGGGGCGGGGCCUAGCGGAUCUCCACCCACUCCCUUUGAGGUGGCGCCCCCCCCACCACACACACACAUCCCCACACGUGUCCGGAGAGAAGACAAAUGAUAUAUAUAAAUAUAUAUAUAUUUUUUUUGGUUUAGUUUGCAUUUCUUAAGUUGUGCUUGGAAUGUGUUGACGUGAGCCGGACAGACGAGACGAUGAUACAAUCUGCUUUGGUUUCUCGAUCCUUUCCCUUGCCCCAGCCCCCUUCUGUCCCCACCCCCACCCUGUUGGGCCCCUGCAGAGGGGGAGGGGAAAACAAGGGGGGGUGGGACGCCCUGAGGUUUAAAAAAAGAAAUCCCUCCCCCCUCCAAAAGAAGAAAAAGACAAAAAAAAAAUUAAAAAAUAAAAGCGCACUCUUGGUAAGAAACCCGGCUGUCGUGUCUUCGUCCGGCAUUGCCACGUGGGGGCAGAGAGCUCCUGGGCCCCAAAACCGGAGGGGCCUGUGUGACCCAGGCCAGGGAACGGCCUAGAGCGGCUCUGUUGGAAACACACCGUGUGUUGAUGGGAAAACGGUCGGCACCAGAGACUCCCCCACGCCCCUGGGUCGGACGUUCCAGCCAGUAACACGCCGCACUGUCCGUUCCAGGCUGUUUGUCUCACCUCCGCGUCCAGCUUCGCACUGGGAGCUCCUGUUCUGCCAGUUCUCCGCCACGACCCCCAAAUCUGCCCAGGACUCACUGCUUUCCAGGGGAGAGCCCCCCCAGCCUGUACGCAUGCCCGGCCUCUUGUUCCCCGACGGACCCGUUUCCGUUUCGCUGGAUUAAAGCACUUUGCGCUCGGUUUGCCAGUCUGCUCCGGAGCAGUGACCUGCCCUCUGCAUGAUUUCCCACAAUGCUUGUGUCGUCUGCAAACUUUAUCGGCAAGGAUUGUUUUCAGCCACGUCAUUGAUCAAAAUGUUUCUUGGCGUUGGACCAAGAACCAAUCCCUGUGGGACCCCGCUGGAAACAGACCCACUUGAUGACGAUUCCCUGGUUAGUCACAUUUUGAGACCUAUCCGUUAGGCAGUGUAUCUAUUUAAUGUGGGCUGGGUUCAUAUUACAUCGUUUGAGGUUUCUAAUGAAGAUGUCUUGUGGUACCAACUGAAAUGCCUCACCGAAGUCUGUUACGUCAGCACUAUUACCUCUGUUGACCCAACUUGUAAUCUCAUCAACAAUAGAUAUCAAGUUAGUUUGACAGGAUCUAAUUUUGAUAAGCCCAUCUUGAUUAACAUUACCCUCCUUUAAUUCCUUACUAGUUGAGUCCUGUUCUAACCUCUCCAUUAUCUUGUCCAGGAUUGAUGCCACACCUUGCACCCUCUUUAAAUAUUGGCAUAAUAUUUCUUCCACUCUUCUGGAACUUCACCUGCGUGCCAAGACUUACUGGAAAUCAGCAUUAAUGGUCCAGCGAGCUUCUCAGCCAGCUCUUGUAAAACUCUUGGAUGCAAGUUACCUAGAGCUGCUGAUUUAAAAAUAUCUAACUUUUUAGUAGCUUCUACUGAACAUUCUCUAGAGAUAUUAGUGGACUGGAAAGUGUUGUUGUCACCAUAUGACUGUGUCAUCUGUUUUCCUCACAAACACAAAAGAAUUAUUUAUUGAAAACAGCUGCCUUUUUCUGCAUUAAAAUUGUUUAUUCUACUGUU